UGUGUUCACUUUUAUCAUUACCGGAAGCGGGGAUCCUGACACUGGCAGCACCACUAGCGACGCAUUAGUACCAGUCACAGGGGACUUUUCUCGUGUGUUACAUUGCUGUGUAUACUACGUAUUUCAACUAUUCAAGCCUUAACUGUGGUAUGCCAGUGAGCAGCAGCAGGAGCGUGCCCCAGUCUCAUCCUGCCGCAUGGAAUCUUUUUUCGCGUUGGCCCAGAUGAGCCUCCACCCAAGUUGGAGAGUAAUGCACCAUUUGUUAUAGCAUUGGUAAGCCAAUACAUAGGAACAGCAGAGGCGAUGUUGACCAUGACAGUGAUGCAGAAUGAAAGAGAAGCAUUGGGGCAGUUCAGCACAGAACCAACUGAGGCCAAAGAUGUGUUGUCACAGCUGCGCCAUUUGCAUCAUACCCUGCAGGAAUGUCGUUGGAGGGUGCAGGUGGUCGACAAUGCCCUCUGUGCUCAAGGUGACAAGGGGCAUUAUGGUCUACAAAAUCAAACAGAAUAUCACCACAGCUUUGAAAUUGAAGCAACAAAAGACUGUAGUUUUCAGAACCAAUCUAAAGACAGCAAUGCUCAGAACAAAGCUGAAGAAGACCAACAUUUUGAGAAAGAAACCAUUGAUUGCAAGAAAGACCUUAAGAAUUAUGGUCUUCAAAGCCAUUCAAGUGAAGACCAAAAUUGCCAGAGUGGAAAUAAUGAAGAUUAUGAAAAUUUGAUUGAUGAAAAUCUUAAGUGCCAAAAGUCAGCUGAAGAAAAUGAUUCCUUCAUAGGUACAACUUCAAAAGAUCUAAAGCUUUCAGUACAUGCUGAAGAUGGUAACAUUCAAGAUAACAAAAAAAAUACUGACUCCAACACCAAUGUCAGCAAUCUCUCGAGCAUAGCCUUGAGUGAGUGUAGUCUGUGUGAUGAUAUUGAAAAAGACAUUCAUGAUGAAACCGAGAAAGAAACUUAUAUCAAUAACAGUUUUAAGAAAUGUUGGAAUGGUGAAACACAUUCAUCUGAAACAAUACACAGCAAGUAUUUUACAAGACAAGAAUGCAUUAACACAGUCAUGAAGGAGGAGGAUAGAUUACCACUACACACUAAUGAAUAUCUGAGUUCUACCAUGCCACCUUUAUAUGACUUCCUAGAUCCUACCUCAUCACAAUCAAAUACCAUGACUGACCUUAAUUACCAGCAAGGCCAACUUGAAAAUGCAGAUGUGACAUUUCCUAGAAAACAGAGGGAGAAAAAAGAAGAGCAGAAAGAUUUUUAUGGUAAUCAAGAGUUAGAAAACAAAUUUUGCUGUAAAGGAGACUUAACACUUAAUAAGAACCCAAAGAAAGAGGAUGCAUCACCAGAACAGUAUGAGAAGAAUGAAAAAGUCCAAAGUGUUGAAAAUAUUGGGGCUGCUCAUAUAGAUCCUGUUCCAGAAGUAGCUCAGAAAAUCAAUGUUAUUUGGGAAGCACUUGAAAAUCUUAGAACACACUUUUUUGCCUUACAUUCUUCUCUUGUGAAUACUGCUGACAUUUUUCAUAGGCAUGAGUCAUUAGAUAAAUCUCAUAUUAACUCAGAAGAAAGUGAUAAUGUUCAUUCCAUUCUUGAGGACCACAUCAGUGAAGCAACAUUAUUCCACCGGAUACCCUGUGAGCGGUCUUUGCUGGGCACAUUUCCAUUCAGAAACCACCACCAUUGUCUAUGCCAAAACCAGAUCAGUUCACAUCCACCCCAUGAGGAACCAGUCAACUCUGCAGCAUUGAGUGGCAAAGAAACACGUAGAACAUACCUGCGAUAUUGGCAAGAUAACUGCCUUUGUAUGGUGAUGGCAGUCCUGUUGUUGUUAUUGUUUCUGUUCCUUGCCUCCUGUCUCUUGCUGAUGUUGCCUGUUGUGAGUGUGUCUGUGAGGACUGCAGGGGGACUUCCUGCUUUCUAAUAUAUAUAAAUCUCUCUCUCUCUCUCUCUCUCUCUCUCUCUCUCUCUCUCUCUCUCUCUCUCUCUCUCUCUCUCUCUCUCUCUCUCUCUCUCUCUCUUUUUCUCUCUCUCUCUCUGAUACACCUGUAUAUUAUUUUGUUUUUGAUCAUAGGAUUUAUAAUAUUUGUUAUUAGUACCUUUACUUGAUUUUUAUUGAAAUUUGAAGAUAAAUUUUAUCCGGUUCUUUCAUUAUGUCAGUUAAAUAAUGAGUUCCUUCAUUGAAUAUCAACAAUGUAGAUGUUAUAUUGAUAAUUUGCAUAUUAUUAUUAUUAUUAUUAUUAUUAUUAUUAUUAUUAUUAUUAUUAUUGCAAGUGGUUUGUAAUCAUGGGCACACAAAAAAAGGUUGCUAAACACCUAAUAUAACUCAUAAAUUGUUAUGUAGAUUCUUAAAAAAUGCCUGUAGUGAUCUGACAACAAUCUCAUUAGUACUCUUUUAAGAUGGUAUCCUGACUCCUUAGAUACCACAACAAUGUCACAUUUGAAGUAUAAUAUUGAUUCCAACCAAACUGUUGGUAAAAGAUUUAGCUCACCUUCCAACCUCUCAUGUUUUAUUGCUGGAGUGCUAUAGCCUACUUGUAGCAGUGCACUCUAAACAACUGUGAUGAUUUUGUACUUAUUUCAUCAUUCCCACUUUAGGUGUAAAUAUUUUUAUUACUGGUAAGAAAUGACUGUUAAUGUCUAUUUGACUUUUAUAAUGCUUUAUUUUAUUUAUUUUUUUUUAAUAUGAAGUUAGGCAUGUUGAUUUUAUAUUGAUUGACAAGUUAAGGCUUUUUUUUUUUUUUUUUUUUUUUUUUUUUAUCUGAUUUUAUGUUUAUUUAUUUAUGUUACAAAAUUAUAAGUAGUUUGUUCUUUUGCAGUUAUGGGUUAGCAUUCAAGUAGAAAAGUGACUUCCAGAGAAUGUGCAAUGUUUGUUAAAUGAGUACCUUGAAAUGUAGCCUAUUUACAUAUGUCGAUGUUCAUAACUAUAAAGCCGGGAACACACGAGCGACUUUAUAGCGCCAUGCCGUGGCGUCAUGUCAUGACGACGUUUAGCGAUUGUGGCACAUCGUGGUAUGUGACUGACUGACCCGUAACUUAGCCCCAGUCGCUCAUGUGCACAGGUCCUCGAAACAGCUGCUCCACGCUGUGGCGGGGAUGAGCGACAGGUCGCCACAGUCGCUGGCCGCUGACGCUCGUGUGCGUGGGACAGCUUGGAAAGUCUAAACAAUGGAAAGUCAUGGAGAGCUACAUUCCCGCCAUGACGUGGCGGAGCGUCACAAAGUCCCUCGUGUGUUACCGGCCUAAGACACUCUCUCUCUCUCUCUCUCUCUCUCUCUCUCUCUCUCUCUCUCUCUCUCUCUCUCUAUAUAUAUAUAUAUAUAUAUAUAUAUAUAUAUAUAUAUAUAUAUAUAUAUAUAUAUAUAUAUAUAUAUAUAAUCAGUACAUUGAUUGAAUAAUUGGGGGAUGAUCAACACUUUUUAUUGAUUUAUUAAUCUCUCUCUCUCUCUCUCUCUCUCUCUCUCUCUCUCUCUCUCUCUCUCUCUCUCUCUCUCUCUCUCUCUAUAUAUAUAUAUAUAUAUAUAUAUAUAUAUAUAUAUAUAUAUAUAUAUAUAUAUAUAUAUAUAUAUAUAUAUAUAUGCCAAACACAUUAUAACAAGUGAUAACCGUGCCAAAUGCUAUUCUAAGUGAAGACAUAUUACUAAUGUAAAAUAAAAAGUGAUGGACGGUAAAGGGAUGGUUUAGACCAGGUUUGGGCAAACUACGGCCCGGGGGCCGCAUGCAGCCUGACAAAUGUUAGUAAAUUUGAAAGAGAAAGUUAAUAGACAACGCCAAAUUGUAUUAUGAGCAUUUCAUUUUCUUUUCGCAAGUGUUCACAUGCUUGUGAAAAUGGCUUGUCUUUAGAAGCCUUAAUUAUGUAUUUCAAAUAUUAAUGAUUUUGGGUUAAUAUAGUAUGCGGCCAUAUAAGAUUGAUUUUUUUUUUUUUUUUUUUUUUUUUUUUUUUUUUUGUGGCCCUAAGCACUGAAAAGUUUGCCCACCCCUGGUUUAGACAGCGGCAAUGACUGCAAGUUACGCCGUUUUGUCAGAUUUGGCUUUCUGUCAUUGGAAAAAAUGUGAGUAAAUAGUUAUUAGAUUAGAAUAAGCUUAUUCAAAAUAUUUUGAAUUCCCUGUUUUGUGCCAUAAAAAAUAAGGACACAUGAUUUGCACACACACACACACACACACACACACACACACACACACACACACACACACACACACACACAGGGUUAAUGUGCCAUACUUUUAUAUUUUUAAGUCUUGAUAGUUAAAGUAAUUGUAAGAAUUGUUCGUUUGCCUUGGACAACAGGCAUGUGGGUUACCGAAAACUUUCUUUUUAACUAUUACGGCAGUAAAUUGUCAAUCCCUUUAAAUGAAGAAUUGUAGUUAGAUUGGUGAUUCAAAGAAUUGACGUGAGGUAGGCGUGUUAUGUGUUGAAUAUUUUAUAUAGAAGGCAUGGAGAAUAUUUUCUACCCUCUAUUGAAUCACAGGUAAACAUGACACAACCGUGAGGUCCGCAUGUGCCUGGAUCAAUAACUAGUCUGCUAAAACUUUCUACCGGUUUCUGAUUUUCUUUUAAGGCUUACAUUUUAACAGGUUUGAAGAGAUCAUUGGGCAACCGGGGAUGUGUCCCACUCCUCCAGUGUGAUUGGCCCGUAUCAAGGUGAAAAGAAUAUUCUCUUUACCUUGGCCCGUAUGCCUUUGUUCCCCCGUCAUCGUACCCCGUGCUGUGAAUACUGGAAGUUGUGACAAAUUUUGUACCUCACAUUACUUUGUAAGACAUUAAUUACAAUGAAUACUCUA